AAGGACGGGAGGAAGGGGAAAUGAGUUUUGACUUGUACGUGUAUCAUAUCUGAACGGCUUUAUUUAUUUUGGUUUAUAUGCUUCAAAAGAUCCACUGGAUGUCAUAGUGUCUACAGGGUAAAUGAAUUGUUAAGUGCUCAUACUACUUCAGUAUGGAUCCAGAGUAUGAGAAGCGACUCCUUCGUCAGCAGAAUGGCCAAGGGUCCCCUUACUCUUCUCCAUUUUCCUCGCCAAGUUGUGGAAGCAGUCCAGUAGCCUCCCCAAGUAAAGACAAAUAUGGAGAUCGCUUUAUACCAAGUCGUGCUGGUGCAUGUUGGAACAUAAACUUUAACACUAUUCCAGACAGUGCUUCCCAGUCCCCUAGUCUAACUAGGAAGCCCAAGGAGGCCAACACAGACAGUGGCAAAGAUGGCCUGGCUUACAACUGUCUGUUGAGGAAUGAACUGCUGUCAGCUGGUAUUGAUGACCUGAAGGAUCAGCAACCAGAUGAAAGGAGAAUACUCGUUCCCAGAGAAAGUAAAAACUUGUUUAAGUUCCAUGUUCCAAGGAGGAGCCUGGAAAUAAACGAUGCCUCCCCUUAUUCCCUGUCCCCUGUUGGCAAUAAGAGUCAGAAGUUACUACGGUCACCCAGAAAGGCUGUGAGGAAAAUCUCAAAAAUCCCAUUCAAAGUGUUAGAUGCUCCUGAGCUUCAGGAUGACUUCUACCUGAACUUGGUGGACUGGUCAUCUCAGAACGUGCUCAGUGUUGGUCUGGGUACCUGUGUGUAUCUGUGGAGUGCUUACACAAGUCAGGUGACGAGAUUGUGUGAUCUGUCCAGUGAUGAUGACUCUGUGACAUCUGUAGCAUGGGCAGAGAGGGGUCAUCUGGUUGCUGUGGGAACACACAAAGGUUAUGUGCAGAUUUGGGAUGUUACUGCCAACAAAAAAAUUAACACAUUAGAAGGGCAUAGUGCUAGAGUAGGUGCCCUGGCGUGGAAUGCUGACAUGUUGUCAUCAGGCAGUAGAGACAGGCUGAUAUUACAACGGGAUAUUCGUACACCUUCUGUGGUACCAGAGAGAAAGCUGACAGGUCAUAGACAAGAGGUAUGCGGACUGAAGUGGUCUCCAGAUCACCAACACCUGGCCUCCGGGGGUAACGACAACAAACUGUAUGUGUGGAACAUGACCAGUGUGAACCCUGUCCAGACGUACACAGAGCACCUGGCUGCAGUCAAGGCCAUCGCCUGGUCCCCACAUCAGCAUGGGCUACUGGCCAGCGGGGGAGGCACAGCUGACCGAUGCAUCCGCUUCUGGAACACGCUGACCGGUCAGCCUCUACAGUGUAUAGACACAGGGUCACAGGUCUGCAACCUGGCCUGGUCAAAGCACUCCAAUGAACUGGUGAGCACCCAUGGCUACUCUCAGAACCAGAUCCUUGUGUGGAAGUACCCCUCCCUUGUUCAGAUAGCCAAACUGACAGGCCACUCUUUCAGGGUAUUAUACCUGGCGAUGUCACCAGAUGGAGAGGCUAUUGUCACAGGGGCUGGGGAUGAGACACUUCGCUUCUGGAAUGUCUUUAGUAAGACACGCUCAACAAAGGAAUCAAAAUCAGUGCUCAACCUCUUCACCAGGAUUAGGUGAGGCGAGUAGGGUAAAUUACUUGAAGAGCAUUUUCAAGGGAGAUAACUCGAGACUAGGGACUCUCAGACCAAGUUGUUAAGUUCACCAGAGAACUCACCUUGACAGUGAAUGGUGACAGAAGACAUACAGGUGUUCAUUUUUUACCUGCUGGAUGUCAUUGGGAGACCAAGUGGAUCUAUCAUACAUUUUUUGUCACAGUUAGUUACAUGUGUCAUCUUUAUCGGUACAUGAAGUAUUGAUUUGUUUGUAAAUACAAAUUUUAUUAUUUAUUUCAUUCCCUUUGAUAUGCCAUAUAUAUCCCAUCCUACUUUGUAGUUGUUUAUCUUCUUGUGGUGAGUGUGGGACACUACAGACGGAGUUACUGAGGCACUGUAUCUUUGAGUGACCACUCCCACCUAGCCCAAGUCUUUAUAUCUUCCCACACCCCGUCAGCUUUACUAUCACCAUUGUUAAGUCAUAUACAGGUAGAUGUACAAUACCUGUCCUUUUUUAUGAAAAUUUACAUUUGUAUCAGUAUAAAAACAUUUGUACAACUAAGCUCAUAUUUUUCAUUUAAAACGUAAAUCAAUCCUUUCACCAAAUAUCCAUUCUGUGAUUCCUAUAUUCAUCUUUCUAGUUUGCUGAAUGGCAGCGAGAUACUUUUCAAAUCAUGCACAAUGCAGUGCAUGUUUGGAAGGAAGAGGGGAGGUUGAAUGUUGUUGAGGUUGAAGGUUAAAGUUAAUCAGACAGCAGAUACAGGUGUUUGUUUGUUGAUCUGAGCUUCUCGGUGACGUGUCACAUCUAGGUCUACAUUGGUCUACCAGUUCUGAACAACUCAGUGGAUUGUAGAGGAGUCUACCCUCUAUUAGGCUAAAGUAUGGUACAAAAAGAAACGAACUCUGUGUUAUGAGCAUAUGUUAGUUGAUCAGUUGUUUGAAGAGAUUUAAUUUUGACUUUUGGUUAAUUUAUUGUUCAGGAGAAUACAAGCGGCCAGAAAUUAAAGACUUAAUUAGCUCAGUUUUCUAACAGUUUACCUCCCAGCUUUCAGUAUCUUCAGUUAAAUACAGAGCAUGAGAACUGAUGGUGAGCUACAUUGUAUGUUUGGUUGUGGCUGUGUGUGAGAGGCAGAGAGAGAGAGAGUGAGAGAGUGGGGGAGGGGGUACUGAGGGGCAGAGUGGAGGGACAAAAAUAGUAUAAGCUUAUUAUUUGUUCCAUUUGUUCAUGUAUUUUAUGUAUCAUAUUUAUCAUAUUUCUAUUUAUCCUUUUUGUUGUUGUUGAUUUCUUGUGCCUGAUCGGGCCGGCUUGUUUUUGGAACAGUUUUAAACUGAGUUAGUGACUGUUUGCAUUUAUUUUUUAAAGCCCUUGAUUAUUGAACUGUUGUCGUGAUUAGUAGAGAAAUCUGACAUGAGUUGUGAUGUCUGUGCGGCUGUUGACAUUUCUGACAGCAUGUGUAUGGAACCAGUGCGAGAGAAUCAUGUCUGUGCGGCAGUUGACAUUUCUUACAGCAUGUGUAUGGAACCAUUGAGAGAGAAUCAUGUCUGUGCGGCAAUUGACAUUUCUGACAGCAUGUGUAUGGAGCCAGUGAGAGAGAAUCAUGUCUGUGCGGCAGUUGACAUUUCUGACAGCAUGUGUAUGGAACCAGUGAGAGAGAAUCAUGUCUGUGCGGCAGUUGACAUUUCUGACAACAGGUGUAUGGAGCCAGUGAGAGAGGAUCAUGUCUGUGCGGCAGUUGACAUUUCUGACAACAUGUGUAUGGAACCAGUGAGAGAGAAUCAUGUCUGUGCGGCAGUUGACAUUUCUGACAGCAUGUGUAUGGAACCAUUGAGAGAGAAUCAUGCCAUGCUAGUGUACAAAUAUAUCAGGCGUGUCAGUAAGCGAUGUCACUGUCAACUAAUCGCAACAAGUUUUGACAGUUUUAUAUCAAAAGCAUUACCAUUUACAUAUGUGUCAUGUUUUAUGAGACCCCCCCAUUAUCAUUAAUAAUGUUUGUCACAUUGUGAGUUAAUCAUGCCGAGUUGCGCCUGUCAGGUGUGGUCCGUAACUACCACAGCGUUCUCAUUUUAUACCUCUUGUGCACCUGACAGCUAAUCCUGCUUCUCCACACUUGAUAUCCAAUCAUGCCUCCGUUCUGAUAUCUACAGCCAACCAUCACUGUUGUGCCGUCUUACAUGUUGUCUAUCAUUUCACAUUAACAGUAUGUUAAUAUAAACCUAAGGACGAAAAUAAAGCUGAA